AUGGCUGGCCCUUUCCCACUCGUCACGCGAGGCUACGGACCAAAUGUGACAUACAUCUUCGAAUACUCAAGGGGCUUGAGUGGUGUGAAUGUUCCCCUGGAUGUGCUGAUUGCCCGUAUCAUCUAUUCCUCGAUCAUCAUCCUAGCUGUCUUCAUCUUCUGCGGCCGGAUCGCCCAAAUCAGCCAUGCCUAUCUUCGUCUCAUCACCGCAUACUCCUCCAAUCAACGGCAACAAACAUACUGGAGUCGAGAGCAAUCAACAUGGUGGCCCUGGCUGAAGAAACAAUUCCUGUAUGCUCCUCUGGGAAAGAAGAGACACAACAGAGAGGUUCAGCUUUCCUCCGCUGUCGGCAUAGGCACCUUGCCUUCCCGUUUUCAGACCAUCUUGAUCUCCUUGUAUCUGGCAAGUCAGGUCGUGUACUGUUUAUUCCUUGAUUACAAGAUAAAUGAAAAGCAAGCCCUGAUUGCGGAAUUAAGAGGACGCUCUGGGACCCUGGCGGUCUUUAACAUGGUGCCCCUCUUUCUUAUGGCGUCUCGCAACAAUCCUUUGAUAUCCAUCCUGCACAUUAGCUUUGACACAUUUAAUCUGCUUCACCGCUGGCUGGGACGCAUCGUGGUCGCCGAGACAAUCACCCACACUGCAGCAUGGGCUGUCAACGCUUGCGCCGAGCAGGAUUUUACCGAUAUGCUCGCGCGCAUAAGGGACACUCCUUUCUUCGGCUGGGGAUUACUUGGAACAUGCGCCAUGGUUUGCCUUGGUCUGCACUCUCCUUCCCCAAUCCGCCAUGCUUUUUACGAGAUCUUCCUGCAUCUGCAUCAGCUCUUUGCCCUGCUAGCAUUCACCGGCGUCUAUCUCCACUUGAAACUAGACUCUCUGCCACAAAAGCCAUGGAUUGAUGCCGUCGCCGUGAUCUGGAUCACCGAGCGCAGCAUAAGACUCCUACGCCUUGCCUAUCUCAACCUCUCUCCCAAAUACGGCAGCACUCGCAUGACCGUCAAAGCCCUUCCAGGCGAAGCCUGCCGAGUUACCUUCCACCUUCCAAAGCGUGUGAACAUCGAACCCGGCUCCCACGUCUACGCCUACAUCCCCUGCGUAUCCUGGUGGAUGUCCCACCCCUUCUCCAUCGCAUGGGCUGAACCCCGAAACGAAAGCACGUACCCAGACUACAAUAACCCCCCUCUCUCCCCCUCUUCCAUCGAAAAGCAAUGCUUCGACCUCACCCUCGAACCCCACCGCCCCCAAAAAACAGAAGUCUCCCUCAUAAUCAGCGCCCGUCAAGGCAUGACCCGAGCCCUCUAUAACCUCGCCCGCUCCAAACCGAAUCAAACCCUCCACAGCUCUGGCUUCAUCGAAGGUCCUUACGGCUCACACCCCGCCAACGCCGCCAGCUACGGUACGGCGAUCCUCUUCUCCGCUGGCGCGGGAAUAACACACCAUCUUCUCUAUACCCGCGAUCUACUCCUUCGCUCCGCUUCCGAAACAGCAGCAACCCGCCGCAUCUAUCUCAUAUGGUCCGUUCGCUCCACGGAUCAUCUAGCAUGGGUGAGCAAAUGGAUGGACCAGAUCUUGAAACUGCCCAUGCGCCGCGACAUCCUCGUCAUCAAGCUCUUUGUGUCGAAACCGCGGCGCGCGGGAGAUAUCGUCUCACCUUCGAAGACUGUGCAGAUGUUUUCCGGUCGGUGUAGGCCUGAUGUUGUGUUAGAUGAAAUAAUGCCGAAGAGAGUAGGUGCGGCGCUAGUCUCUGUCUGUGGGCCUGGUGCUUUUGCGGAUGAAGUCAGAAUGGCUGCUAGAGAGAGGAUUGGGAAGGGGGCUGUGGUUGAUUUUGUGGAAGAGGCUUUCACGUGGUAG